AUGUCCGCAUCUAAAGUCACCGAAAUCUCUACCUCCACAGAUGAAUAUGAAUUUACGCCAACGCAAAGCUGGUUUGCCAUCAAUAUUCCAUACUGGAAAAGCCUCUUCCCAUUAGUUGCUUCGGGUGAGCCACGCGUCCUAGAGAUUGGGUCCUGGGAGGGGCGCUCGGCAGUGUUUCUGCUCACUACACUCUGCGCCCAACGCGGGGAGAUAGUCUGCAUUGACCAUGUCGAUCUUAUGCACACCCACGAGGGACGUGAGCGCCACCGCAAGCUCACGCAGAAUCUCGCACGAACGGGUCGCCCAUUCCGCAUGCUCCCCCAGUUCAGCGUCCCGGCACUUUAUGCACUCCUCAAAGAGGAAAUGUUAAAGGACGCGGGCGCUGGAUUCGAUUGGAUAUAUGUGGAUGGGUCGCACCGCGCAGAUGAUACUCUCCUUGAUGCCGAGCUUGCAUGGCGCCUUGCGCGUGAGGGAUGCAUAUUCAUUUUCGACGACUAUAACUGGCCUGAGCAGCCUGUUGAAAGCAUUGAGCAUCCCCGCCGCGGUAUUGACGCAUUCCUUGCGCUGCAUGCAGGGGAGUAUGAGCGGCUUUCUGAAAACCCAGAGCAGUACCAGGUGGUUCUGAAGAAGACUUGCAAGAUGCGGAUAGGAUUCCUUCUAGAGUAG